GUUUACCCAUGAAGUUCUAUAGAAAGGACUAAGCUGAGUUAGUUGUUCAAGUUGAACAUCGAAGGGAGGUGUGAGUCUGCUUUAUAUGAUUAUAACUGUCUAUAGAGUCAACGAGUGAUAGUUGCCUUUAACCUCCAGUAUUUAGAAACAGCUAGGUUAGCUCAUGGUUAGUCUUCGAUGUUAGCGAUUCAUGCACCCAACAGCAUGUGUCAGUUUUGUCUUGAGUUGGUUUGGGAACUAGGUUUUCUACAGUUUGUAGAUGACAUACAACAUAACGUGAAACUGAGUCAGAAUAGAUUAUAUUAAGUUCUACUAAACCCAGAGGUUAAACUUCAGAACAUGGGCUCCAACUUGAUAUCUAAAGUCAGAAUAUGCCUGAAAACACUAAAUCCUUUCUUACACCAAGGAAGUUUAGCUUUCCUCACCAUGAAAACUUCACAGCUGGCUACCACAGCACACUGUCUGUACAGCAGAGACACCAACCCCAAAUCAGGUGGCAGACAGACAGUCAGACAAAACAGUGGGCCGACUGAUGGACAGGGUGGGGUAAGAUAUAGGACCAUCAGACAUAGACAAGGAGAAUUGUGGGAAGAUACAGUGGACGGAGGAGGUAAAAGCUCAUCUCUAAGGCAGAGACAAUCCUUCCCCAAAUCUGUGUUUUCUGCUGGGACGGCAAAGAGGACGGCAGAGAUUCUGAAGAUUCUGGCGUCUGAGGAUGAAGCGGACCCCAAGCAGGAGCCUGAAAGGAAGACAACUAGAGGAGCAGGAAAGGUGCAGCCUCCUGACCGGCCACUUUCUGUUACUGAGUGGAGGAAGCUGAAGGAGUCUCUGGGAAAUCCAGUACGCUUUGACAUCAAGAUGAUCCAUGCACUGUUCGCCUCUGGGGCAGAGCUGGAUAUUGCCAAGUCUCUGCUGACUUUUGCCACCAUGGAAACGGGGACGCUGUCCUAUGAGCUGUUACUACGGUACCUUUCACUAUGUGUGAGUGGUGGCCACGAUGCCGAGGUGUUUGAUGUCUAUGACAUCAUGAAGGGAAGUUUCUCCUCUCUGGAAACGGGAGCCUCCACCCUCUUUAUCAAGUCCUUCAGCCGCACAGCGAGGUGGAAGGAGGCGGUCAACCUCCUGCAGGAGGUUAAGAAGGUCUUUACCCCAUCAUCACGCAACUAUGGUGAUAUCAUUGCUGCAGCAGUGUUACACGGUGACAUGACCACUGCCUGGGCUCUUUAUGAUGAAUUGAUGGAAAAGGGACUGAGUCCACACCAGGAGACCUGGGACGCUCUGUUUAAGGGAGUGAAGAAGACUAAGGAGGUGGAAGGGUUGGAAGAGGCCAUGUCUCAGUCUGAACACCAGGAGAGGCUGCUGGGGAUUCUGCUGCACAUGAGGAACAACCAGAUCUACCCACAGUACAGCCUCGCCAGCAGCAUCAAGACCUCGUUUGAGAGUCUCCCAGGACAGAAAUGGACAGGAAGUUGGACCAGCGCCACCCCAAAGGGUCUGUGCAGGUGUUGUGGGUCAGAGUUAGAGUCCAUCCAGCUGACUGCUGAGGAGUACCAACAGCUGAAAGACAGAGUGAUGACUGACAUCAUUCAGGGACAAGAUGUUUUCAACAAGACCACACCGGAGGAGUUGGAGCAUUUCAAAGCGUUUGUUCAGAGGAAGCCAGCUUUUGAUGUGGUUGUAGAUGGGCUGAAUGUAGCAAAUACCAACAAGGACAAAAGCAAGCUGUCAGCGACGUUGUUGGCGGUGGUGUCAGAGCUGGAGCGUCAGGGCCUGACUGUUCUGGUCUUGGGGAGGAAACACAUGCUGCGGGCCACCAGAUCCUGGGAGAGACACAACAUGAAUCUUAUCCAGGAAAAAGCCCAUUGCUUCUUCACUGACGACAUUUCAGAGGACGACCCCUUCCUGCUGUACGCCACUUUGCAUUCUGGGAAUCACUGUCGGUUUGUGAGUAGGGACCUGAUGAGGGACCACAAGGCCUGCCUUCCAGACGGAGCCACCAGACGGCUCUUCUUCAAAUGGCAGAGAGGUCACCAGCUUGUGGUGGAUGGAUAUGUAGUAGCAGACAGGAGGGUCCGAUUUCAGAGUAUUCUCAAAUAUGACACCACUAUCCAGACUUCAGGAGACUCAUGGCACGUUCCCUACGACGACACAGAGGACAGGAGCACCUAUGAAGUACCACAACAAUGGCUUUGCCUCACACAGAAGCGCUGAGCACACACACACACACACACUAAUUUCACAACAGAGCAUUUUGGUGUUAAGUCAUUCAAUGUGGAUCAUAUGCUUUGAAUAUAACGGUGGACCUGUGAAUAAAACCAAAAAUUUAACACAA